AAUGACAAAUAGCACAGUGACAAGUAAACCACCUGUGACGUUACGUCUAGUUGUUCCAGCAAGCCAAUGUGGCUCUCUCAUUGGGAAAGGAGGUUCAAAGAUCAAAGAAAUCCGUGAGACCACAGGAGCCCAGGUGCAGGUAGCAGGUGAUAUGCUUCCAAACUCUACUGAACGCGCAGUUACUAUUUCUGGCACACCAGAUGCCAUCAUUCAAAGUGUAAAACAGAUCUGUGUGGUGAUGCUGGAGUCCCCACCCAAGGGUGCUACUAUUCCCUAUCGUCCAAAGCCUGCCUCUGCACCCGUCAUUUUUGCAGGUGGCCAGGCAUACACAGUUCAGGGACAAUAUGCAAUUCCUCAUCCUGACUUGACCAAGCUUCACCAGUUGGCUAUGCAGCAUACCCCUUUUACUCCCCUUGGGCAGACCACCCCUGGUUUCCCUGCAGCAGGAUUGGAUGCCACUGGUCAAACCAGUUCCCAUGAGUUUACUAUUCCAAAUGAUUUAAUAGGAUGUAUCAUUGGCAGACAAGGAAGCAAAAUAAAUGAAAUCAGGCAGAUGUCAGGAGCACAGAUCAAGAUUGCUAAUGCAACAGAAGGUUCCACAGAGCGACAGAUCACCAUCACAGGAUCUCCUGCUAAUAUUAGUCUGGCACAGUACCUAAUAAAUGCAAGCUUAGAGAUGGCUAAAGUCAGCACCCAGACUGCUUCCGUCAUGAACCCUGUUGACCUGAACGUGAACCUCUCUCAGUCUGCCACCCCUACCUCAACCCCCACCUCUGUGGCUGUUUUGGCGGCAGCAGCAGCAGCUGCCUCCAUGGUUAAUGUGAAUACCCCUUCUCCUUUACCAACACCCCACUAUGCUGUUCCUGUUUCCAGUCUGCUUGGCAUGAAAACUGUCCCGCUCCUGGCACUUAAUGCCACUGCUGCUAGGGGAGCCCCUGGGAGUUUAUCUGCUUAUACUCCCAAAAUUCCCUCGACAAGUGGGGUUAAGAAAUCUGAUCGGCAGAAGUUUGCUCCAUAUUGA